UUAGCUGACAUAAUUGAUUACCAACUUGGGACCCUAGCAGAGUAGAAACAUAAGCAUGUGUUGUGUCUGGUUAGGUUGCUCAGGAGCUUGUCACAAAGCCUAUCUUAUAGUUUCUCCUUCUAUAUAAUGAAACAAGCUUAUUGGUAUUCUUCAUCAACCACAACUUUCAUUUAAAGAGCUUUACAAACAGAACUCACAAAUAUCUCUCUUUCAUUCUUCAUCUCACUUUCCGAUCUAAUCUUUGUUUUAAAAUGAUGAUGAUGAACACAAAGAAGCUCUUGAAGAUGGCCAAGAAAUGGCAACAAAGAGCAGCCUUCAGCAGGAAAAGAAUCUCAUUUCAGAGUUCAAGUGCUUCUAGCAGCUCAACCACUGUAGAGAAGGGUUGUUUCGUGGUUUACACGGCAGAUAAAAUCCGCUUUGCUUUUCCUUUAAGUUACCUGAGCAACCCUAUUGUCCAAGAGCUCUUGAAAAUAUCUGAAGAAGAGUUUGGUCUCCCGACAGAAGGACCAAUCACAUUGACAUUCGAUUCCGCUUUUUUAGCGUAUCUCAUCAGAUUGAUCGAAAGACGAAUGGAUGGAGAUACAGAAAAGGCUCUGUUAUUGUCAAUCUCUAGUGCUAGAUGUUCUUUACAAUGUUCUCUGCAACGAGAAAGUAGUAUUACUCAACAACAGCUUGUAUUUUAGAGUUUAGCAGAUUUGGCUUUGUAAAGUUAUAGUGGAUUAGAUAAAUCAUUUUCAGAAAUACGAACUAUAUAUGAUGUUGUCUCUC